AUGGACAGCUCCGCAACACUGGAAAAUUCAACGUCCCGUCACACUGGAAACGGGCCCCCAAAAGAGGCAGGCCCCACACGGACGUGGGCCAAGAUAGCGGGCCCUGACAGGCGGGGCCCAAAUGGGGAAGAGACAGACGUGUUCGCCUUUUUAUCGCGAGACCUCGUCUCCUCCCCCUUUCGCAUCCUUUUCAUUCAAAACAGGCAGGGCAGGGAGAGGGGAGGAGGUGGAGGCGCCGAGCGAAGGAAAAAAAAAUCGAGUGCACUCGUCGGCGGCGCGGCGCGGCGCGGCGGCCGCCUCCUCUGCUCGUCCGAUCGAGCUCCGGUUCGUCGGGUGAGCGCGUCUCAGGUCGAUUCGGGAGCUGAAGGGAGCAUGAGUACUGCCAACGGCACACGACGUGCCUCAAGAAGGCAAUCACAAGAUGCUGAUAAGGUUGUCGUGAACUUGGUCUCAACCCCCCCAGCGGCGGGCAGCCGUCGUGGAGUAUCAACAUCUAACGCUGGCGCGCGCACCUCACCCAUUGACGUGGAAGCCCUCGAGGAUGAAGUGCAGGUCGUAUCAGCUUCACAAGUGCCUCCUCAGAGGAGGAACCGCAGAACUAGGAGGCAGCCUGUGACUGUAGUUGAUCUAGAUGUACAUGCUACCCGGCAAGGAGUGUCUCAUGAUGAUAAUGCAACAGUGCUUUCUCAUAACACAAGGAACAAACGCCCAAGAGUUUCCCCUGUAAUAAACAUCUCUCCUGAAACAGGAGAAGGGUCCAGCUUACAGUCAAAAAAUGCGGGGAAAACUAGCAAAGAGCCUCUGGAUGUGGCUCCAAAGGAACCCAUCUUCACCUGCCCGGUGUGUUGGAACAAGUUGGAUGAGCCCGCCACAACAAUGUGCGGCCACAUCUUCUGCACUAACUGCAUAAAGCAAGCCAUCCAGUUCCAGAAGAAAUGUCCUACCUGCCGGAAGCACCUGAAGAUGAACAAUUUCCAUCGCAUUUACCUUCCUAACACCUCCCGUUAA